AUGAUGGAGUUUGACAAGUACAACGGACCGGUGUUCCUGACCACCCCUGAUGGCAAGAAGAUUGUCCCGAUUCUCCCCGUAGAGAGGGACUUCCUCAUCGGAGCCACUCUCUGCACUCGCACCCAGUUCCCCCUGAUCGUAUGCUACGCUAUUACCGUUCACAAGUCACAAAGCAUCACAGAAGAUAUGAUCGUUACCGAUCUCUCCUGCCGGGAUUUCCAGACUGGGUUAAGCUACGUGGCUGUCUCUCGUGUGAAAACGCUCGAGGGCUUGAUGUUGGAUGCCCCAUUUGAUCGCAAUCACCUGAUUUACGCGUCUCCCCCAGAUGGCAUGAAGAUGAAGAUGAGGGAUCAGCAGCUUCGGAGACGACAGGUUCUUACACGGAAUCCUUACAAGACAGACCACGGUUCUGCAUAA